AUGUGUUUAACUACGUAUCUUAUAUGGUUCCUACUGGCCAUGCAGGCUAUUGCGAAAGCUCAAGACACAUAUCGAUCAAGAAAAUCGCAGAAGACAUCAUCAAUAGGACAGAGCCGUACAUUUGGUGGUCUUCUAAACCCAUUUAAUUUAGCAUAUUUAAGCUUAAAUGGCAUAACUCGUCCUACGUACUCGGAUUACGCCGGAAGCAGUCAAACUUAUCGUCCCAGUUAUAAUAGACCCACUAAAUCUACACGCAGACCACAAUUAGCAGAUCCUUAUUAUGGUUAUGGCUAUCCUGAAAAUUACGGGCCUUAUCCGUAUUAUAAUCAUGGUGGGUAUCCAUUACAUGGUGCAUAUUAUCCGCCAAUUUAUUAUGGUGGUUAUCCUCCCCAAUAUGGAGGAAGUUUCUAUCAACGACCGCCACCAAUAAAUCAGCCUUAUCACCCGCCUACAAAUGGCUAUGGGCACUAUCCUGCAACAAAUUCAGGUUACGCCGGCCAAACGCCCGGCUUUACCAAUCCUGGUGCGACAACACCUUCGACUGGGGGCUAUAGUCCAGCCGUAAAUAGCGCUCAAAUCACACAACUUGCAAACCUAUUAGGUCAACUCCUGGGACAGCAGUUGCGGCCACUUUUAAACCCUGGCGGUAUUACAAGCGCUGACACCCCUAGUGCAAAAAUUUAA